AGGCAAGCAGAUAUUUUUUACUGCAAUUAGCAGGUACACUCACUGGCCGAGGGUCCUUCCGAUCCUAUCCACACCACUGGCGGGCAGGCAGGCAGGCAGGCAGGCUGGCUCUCGUAUGACAUGCCGCGUCCAUGGCAUGGAUACAACAGCUCUCACAUCAAGCCAUCAAGCAGAGAAGAAAGAGCCUCUGUCUGUCAUUCAUUCAUCUAAUUGAUUGGUCGUCAGUCACAUCACUCACUCACCCCAGCGAGCGAGAGAGUCACUCGCCCUCCCUACCCUACCCUACCCUACGCCUUCUUGGAGCUGUUUUGCUUCUUGGGCUUUUGCCACUGCACGGGGUUCAUGUUCCACCAUGGCCACGAUGGAAGACACACCUGAAUGAAUCAAUGAAUGAAUGCCACCAUACAGACACACACACACAGACACACAGACAGACAGACACACGCACGCAAUGCAGCUGAGGUCACAUCAUUCCAUCGCUGGCUCCGCACUAACCGCAGCCGAGAGGACAGUCGCGCCGAGGAUGCAGAAGAAGGUGAGGCGGAAGGACUGGUUGACAAAGCCGAGGACGAAGCCCACGAGACCCACCGUCCAUAUCAACACACUCUGCACUAUCGACGCGCGGUACUGACCCUUGAAAUCCUGACACACAAACCAACCAACAAAGAAACAAAGGCACACAAGAGCAGCGCAUCUGCACCAGCGCACUGUGCGUAAUCGUCCUUCCCUCCACCCGGCUCUCACCAUCGUGUUCAUGUAGGCAGCUCGUCAGUCAAGCGGAUAAUCUGCUGUCAGCACCUCGUAGACGAUGACUUGCGGAGACGCUUCGGCAGCUUGGAUCUGUCGGCGGCAACAACAACGAC